UCUCUCUGUCUGUCUUCAGUUACUGAUCUAACUUUCUCUUUAAUUCUUCUUCCUUUAGACUUUGAUAAGAGAGUAAACGACAACAAGACGGCGGCUGAAGAAGCCCUGAAGAAGAUCCCCUCCAUCAACGCCACCAUCAUGGCCGCCAACCAGAAGACCAAGCAGGCGGAGGCGGCGCUCGGCAACGCGGCCGCUGACGCCCGGGAGGCCAAGAGCAAGGCGGAGGAGGCUGAGAGGAUCGCCGGCAAUGUGCAGAAGGGCUCAGCCAAGACCAAGGAGGACGCGGAGAAGGCCUUCCAGGACACCAACAAGCUGGACAACGAUGUCGGCGACAUGAUGGACCAGCUGGACGCCGCCGAGCAGGAGCUGGCCAGGAAGAAGGCCGAGGCCGACCAGGACAUGAUGAUGGCGGGGAUGGCGUCGGAUAACGCGAAGGAGGCGGAAGACAACGCCCGCAAGGCCAAGAGCGCCGUGAAGACGGUGCUGAGCACCAUCACUAUCCUGCUGGAUCAGCUGGGAAACAUCGACAAGGUGGACCUGAGCAAGCUGAACCAGAUCGACGAGUCCCUGAAGAGGGCCAAGGGCAAGAUGGGCGACAGCGAUCUGGACCGGAAGCUGACGGAGCUGAACGACGUGGCGCGGAGCCAAGAGGACAUGAUCAACGACUACGACCGGCAGAUCCGCGAGAUCCGCGCCGACAUCGCCAACCUCAACGACAUCAAGAGCACGUUACCCGACGGCUGCUUCAACACGCCGUCUCUGGAGCGGCCUUAAGCUCCGCCCCCUCCGACUCCAACACUCCCCCUCACCUCUAACACUCUGGCAAACACGCCAACUUUUUACCAAAACAGUUUUUAAAUAUAUAUAUUUCUUGUCCUCAGAUUCUUGUCUUUGAAGCCACGUUCACGUUUUAUUUUGAUUUUAUUUGUGUUAUCAAAAGAAAAGCAGCUGUUUUGGGAGACGCAGUGACGUGGUCACGGUAGAAUGAACUCAGAGAGCUAGAAGAGCCUCCAGAACCACAAACCCGUCUGUUUCACAAACAGGAAGUGUCCGCUUGUAUUACCCAUCAUGCCCCGGGGGACACGCCGGCUGAAUGUACGGCUACACUCUGUUUUUAAAAUGUUUAAAUCAAUCGUGUUUUCAGAAACCACACAGUGAAGGAAUCCUCUCUUCUGUUUUCCUCCCGAAGCUUCGAGACUAAAAACACCAGCAGAUGAAAAACAAGUAUUUCACUUCAGUUCAUCAGUACUUUCACCUCCAAUGGGUCGUGUUGUUGAGUAGAGCCACGCCCACUCCGCUGGUGUAUACGAAGCCUCUGAAGUCCAGAAAACAUGUUGUUUUUAAAUCUUGUUCCCAAAAGACGCGUCUAGUUCCCUCAAGAUUACACCGUCUGAGGGAAUUAGACCGUAUGUUUGCAGGUGGAGGAUUCUAACUCGUAUGAACAAGACGUGGAUGUUCUUUGGAACUAGACUAAUAGAAUAUCUGGUUCCCGACACACAAGUUAUCGUCUUGCUCCCACGAGAUUUGGAUCUUGGUUUGAAGUUUGAAGUUAUUAUCGUCUACGCACAAAAUAUUGACUUGUGUGCAAGAUUUGGAUCUUUUGGGAACAAAAUAAAAACGUGUACACACAAGAUGAAUUCAUAUUUUAUUCCCACAAAUGCAGGAUAUUAUCUUAAAUGCACAAUAUAUUAAACUUGUGUGAAUAUUUGCAUCUUCUGGGAAUGAAAUAUGAACUUGUGCAAGAUAUUCAGAUGUUGUGCCAGCUUUGUUUCUGCUCAGAGACCAUCGUGUGUUUUAUCACGUCUCUCCAGAUACAAGCGACAUGUUUCAGGACGUCGGCGGCUCUGCGGACGCGUCUUUAAAUCAUGUCUCGUGUACGCGUGUUCUAUUUCUAUCUCUUGUCCCACAAGUUGCUGCUUACCGCUGGUGUUUCUUACCGCUCACACACAUUAAUAUCUUCUUCCAGGCUAAAUCCAACACUAUGCAACUCUGUACAUUUUGCGUAGCGAGAGUUUUUAUCUGAUACACUGGUGCUAAUAAUUAUUUUUAAAAUGCUAUAUUUGUGUGUGUGAAUGUUUUUUUAUCAUGACAUAGAGAGAGGAUUGUGUUAAUGUGUAAAUAUAUAUGCUCAGAUGAUUCAGGACUUAAUACGAGUCCAACGUGUCAAACAGCCGCGUUGAGCUCCGUCACAGUCAAACCAACCGACGCCUCCAGCUAACGAAUAUAUUCUAUAAGUAUCUGUUAUUAUUCUAAUACGCCUGCUCGUAUACGAGGCUCAGUGUUCAUACUUCACUCCUGUUUUAUUGAUUCUCGGUGAGUUCCUUCAACCUUCAAGUUGUGUGUUUGAGCUUUUUGAGCCACCGGGACGUCCCGAGUCAUCGUACCGACUGCUACUCGCUCGGUCACCGUAGUUAUAAUCAGUGUUUUUGUGUCAGUCGGGUUGUACUCACGGUCACGUGUUCCACUAAACCUUCCUCGUGGUUUUCGCUCCCUCGUGUCGGUACUGAAGCAGGUUUUAUUUUUUGUAAAUCAGGUCCUGAACAAAACACAAAACAUCAGAUUGUCCUCCGUGAUAUUCUCCAGAUUAACAAUCUGUUACCAGGACAACCGGACUCUUUGCUCACU